AUGGCUUCGAUUUAUUGUUGUAAAAAUUCAAAUAACGAACAUAAAAAGAGUAAUAUUUGUUAUGUAGAUUGCCCGGAAGAAUAUCAUCGAUAUAAAACUAGCUGUUUUCGUGUAUUUAAUGUUGAAAACAAUUUUGAAGACUCCCGUCUACAAUGUAAGAAUGAAGGCGGAAAAUUAGCUGUCAUAAAGGACAGCCAAACUUUUGACUUUGUAAAAAGUCUUUUGAUGAUUGAUACUGUUUACUACUGGAUCGGAAUAUCAGAUAAACAACAAGAAGGGGUCUGGGUCUUCGAGGACGGAACGCUGGCCACGUACGAGUUCAUGACAUCUAAUAAUAUCUGGGCAACAAAUAAGCCUGAUAAUUACACUCCACAACAAGACUGCGCAGUUAUAGGGUCGACAAUAGCUGGCAAAAUCCGUCCACUUUUAAAUGAUGAAGACUGUUCCAAAACUGAGAGGUUCGUCUGCGAAACUCAUUUUUUCCCUAAAACAGCUUCUUUUAAGAUCACUGUCGGUAACAACGAGAUAGAAACUUCCUUCUCAGGGGAAGCAUAUGAACCAGCUCUGUCAAACGAGUGUUUACAGGAUGAUAAUCCACAACUUUCUGGCAAUUGUUUGAACAUAACUACUGACCAAAUGAUGCACAACUUCGACAUCUCCUCGGAGAAGUAUCUAAAGCUGGUGGAUACUCUCGUGGCUUACAGGAAGAGCCUGGCAACUCCACUUUCAGCAACUUUAGACUAUAAUGACGAUCACGUGGUGCUGUUCUUUCAACACAACUAUGUUCGUCUUGAAUGGGAUAAUAUUAAUGCCAUGUGGGCUUGA